UGUGUCGUCUGUUCCAUGACGAUCGCGGCGCGCUCUCCCCUGUUAUACUUGUUAUUUCUAUUCGGCUUCAGGUUAUAAACUAAUAUAAUAAUAAUAAAAGAAAUACCUAGUAUUAAAAAAUUCGUAUUUAACUAUAAGUGAAUUAAAAGUAAACUUUUUCAGUAAAGUUUCCCGAAGAAAAAGUUUAAUAUGGUUUUAACAAAGGAAUAUCGUAUUUGUAUGCCACUCACAGUCGAAGAGUAUCGAAUCGGUCAACUUUAUAUGAUCGCUCGACACAGUCAUGAACAAUCUGAUCACGAUGAAGGGGUCGAAGUUGUUGAAAAUUGCGAAUGUGAGGAUCCUGAACAUGGAAAGGGUCGAUAUACAGAAAAAAGAAUUCAUCUUUCUAGCAAACUUCCGUACUGGAUUCAGUCAAUAAUUCCAAGGAUAUUUUACGUGACUGAAAAGGCGUGGAAUUAUUAUCCAUUUACAAUAACAGAGUAUACCUGUUCAUUCAUUCCAAAAUUUCAAAUCUACAUUAAAACAAGAUAUGAAGAUAAUAAUGGUUCCACGGAAAAUUGUUUAGGUCUAUCACCAGUAGAACUUGUGCAUCGUGAAGUUGAUUCCAUAGAUAUUGCUUAUGAUGAAAUAACCGCGAAACAUUAUAAAGAGGAAGAGGAUCCAAAGUUCUUCCAGUCGAAAUUAACUGGUCGAGGUCCUUUGAUAGAAGGAUGGAAAGACACAACUCAACCAAUUAUGUGUUCCUACAAAGUAGUAAAUGCUUCCUUCGAAGUUUGGGGUAUGCAAACACGAGUUGAAGACUUUGUACAUCGAUGUAUUCGAGAUAUUUUACUACUUGGCCAUCGUCAGGCGUUUGCUUGGAUUGAUGAAUGGCACGACAUGACAUUGGAAGACGUGAGAAAAUAUGAGGAAAAAAUGCAAGCCGAAACAAAUGAAAAAGUACAAGCUAAAAUUCAUGGAUUAGAGGUAAAGACUGAAGAAUCGAUUCCCGCUUCACCCACAAGUUCCAUUCCAUCAUCUCCUACUCUUAAGAGUCCAACACAAGCAAGUGCUCGGUCAUGGUUCUCUUGGUCGUAGCCUAUCGCCAAAUAAAAACGUCAUCACCUCUAUAGAUUAAAAAAAAAGGAUAAUACUCCUUAACGAAUGUAAAUAGCCUCAGAACCUUUGUUAUACAAAAAAAAAAUGAAAUACUCCUUGUAUUGCUGAAAGCACGCACUUAUCUUUAAAAGAUAAUAAUAGCAUUAUUUUUUUUUUUUGUUUCCUCGGAAAGAAAACUGUAAUUUUAGAAGCAUCAAUUAUCGCAAGCUUUAUUAUUGGUACUUAAAUAGAAAGCUGUCUGUGAUACGAGCUGGAUUCUAUUUUUCAAAUUCUCAUUUUCAAGGUGACAAAAAUAGAUAUCAAAAUUUCAUAAAAAAAAAAAAAAAUUAUAGUAGAAUAAUUUUACUUGACAAAUUUUAAAUGUGGCUAUGACUUAAAAAAUUUACAAUUUAAUUACUUAAAGUUUCAUUUUUUAUGUACUGGUUACUAAAAAUAAACAAUUGCUAAAUAAUUGAUUUUUUUACAUAAAUAAGACAAAAAAAAACAAACACUUUUCUUGUGAAAAAAAUAUUCUUCUAUUGCAAAUAUAAAUGGGCUUAAAGGAAUAAUAAAAACUGUAAAUGUUAUACACAAUACAGCCAUAAAAUAUACGUAUUUUGCACGCUUGUGUGCUUAUUGUUAUAUAUAUAUAUUUAAAAUGAUAUUUAUUUAUAGCAAAUUAAAAUCGACUUUUGAGUUUAUAAAUUAUCUUGCCUAUAACUACAUAUUGUACGAAAAAAAUGGGUGUCCAUAAUUGUUAUAAACUAUUUCUUUCGGUCUCUCUAUUUCAAGAUAGCCAUUCUUUUCCUGUUAAUCUCAUUGUAUUCUCUGUAAAAAAAAAAUCGAAGACAAAAAUAAAAGGAAAACUAAAUUAAGAAA